CCCACGCCCCUCCUCCGCGGGCGGCUACCGGGUCCGGUGGUCGCUUCCAGUCUCAGCUUCCGCAGUGCAGCCGCCGCCCGGCUCCGCCAGCUUCCCGGACCAUGGCCCACCUGGAGCGCACCUUCAUCGCCAUCAAGCCGGACGGCGUGCAGCGCGGCCUGGUGGGAGAAAUCAUCAAGCGCUUUGAGCAGAAGGGAUUCCGCCUGGUGGCCAUGAAGUUCCUUCGGGCCUCCGAGGAGCACCUGAAGCAGCACUACAUCGACCUGAAAGACCGCCCGUUCUUCCCGGGGCUGGUGAAGUACAUGAACUCGGGGCCGGUCGUGGCCAUGGUCUGGGAGGGGCUGAACGUGGUGAAGACAGGCCGAGUGAUGCUCGGGGAGACCAACCCUGCGGACUCCAAGCCGGGCACCAUCCGCGGGGACUUCUGCAUCCAGGUUGGCAGGAACAUCAUUCACGGCAGCGACUCAGUGAAAAGUGCUGAAAAAGAAAUAAGCCUGUGGUUCCAGCCUGAAGAACUGGUCGACUACAAGUCUUGUGCUCACGACUGGGUCUAUGAGUGAGAGGCGGCCAGGCAGCUGGAGGAGCUCCUGACGCAGCCCCGCGUGGCAGACUCGGAAGCCUGUUUACCAAUAAAGCCUUUGGGAACUGGG